AUGGCUUCUGGAAACGAGCGUUGUGGCUCUACUGGAAAGGUCCUCGAUCAGAGGGCGUCCCCAUCGAAUGUAUCACCCUUUCUGCGUCUUCACCUGAACCGCCCAAGGUUAGCGCGGAAGCGCAACGUGCAGGCUUGCGAGCAAUGCCGGUCUAGGAAGAUCAAAUGCGAUCGAGCGAAGCCCCAUUGUCGAUGUUGCAGCAUGAAUGGUCGGUCCUGCGUCUACCGACCGAAGGCUGUGGUGAGAGCUGUGGGGAAUGUGACGACAGAUGAGCGUAUUUCGUCGCGUUCUGCGAACCAACAAUCGAGCGGAGGGCCAGAGGAGCAGCAACCGAUCCCAUUCAACCAAGUCGGUCAUCUCAAAGCAUCGGAUGACGGUCGAUUACGGUAUUACUCGAGCUCAUCAUGGGUGGCUGGGGUGGAGAAGUCCACUGUCUCUCCCUGCGAUCGGCAUGGUCUUUCACCGAGAUCAGCACCUCAAACAUCGAACGACUUCAUCUAUCUGACCGAGGUGGACCAGCUCAUUGCAUGGUAUGCGCAGUAUUGCCACUUCUGGUUUCCACUUGUAGACUGCCACGAAGUUGUUGCUCAAGUGCACGAGCAGCGAAACCAGGGAAGCUCGAAGCCUGGUGCGCUCGCGCUCAUUGCAGCUAUAUGCUACACUGCGACCCGAUCCAUCACGGCACCAAAGGACCCCAAUGUGUGGUUCUCGUCUCGCUUCUCGUUUUGGAAAGAAGUCACUACUCAACUCUUGGCCGAAUCCGGUUACCCGAGUCGACCCAAUUUGAAUACCGUUCGAGUAGCUUUCUUUCUUGCCAUUCCCAGCAUGGCGGAAGGACACACUCAUCCCAAUCCCAGCUCGGUUUCUAUCCUCGUAAGAGCUGCCCAGUCUCUCGGUCUUCACCGGGAACCGCUGUUCUUCCAGCUCUCUGCUCCAGAUGCGGAGGCCAGUCGCGUGAUCUGGUGGUCGAUCCGCGGCUUGGACAUCACCUAUGCUAUCUCGCAUGGCCUUCCCCCACUGAUCCAUCCUGAAACCACGGACGUCCGAUCCGUUGACUGCGGGAAUAGCUCAGAGCGCAAGCUUCUUGGUACCAUAUCACUGACCACCACAUUUAUCUCAAAGAUUAUGCACCGUGUUUACGGCGUGAGCCAGCCCACUCUUCGCGAUAUCAACCAGUUGGGUGAUGAGGCGGAAAAGAUUUAUGCUGAAGAAUGUGAAAAAGACCAUGUCCCCGUGGAUGCCCUACAAAGGUUCAUUGCCAUGAGUCGAAUGAUGUGCUGCUGCAAGAUGAUGUUUAUUCUACAUCAGCCCUAUCUACGCACGUCACAGUGGCCUCAAGAAUCCAGAGCAAAGGCUUUGAUAUCUUGUCAGCAUUAUAUUCGUGGCUUUGUAGCUGGAGUCAGCGACGAAUCACUGGCACCCUACCGAUGGGUGUUAGACCAUUUCGACGUGAUUCACGCCUGCGCCAUUAUCCUGCAGGACCUGAUCCAACAUUGUCACUCUCCAGAAUCAAGCAGUCUUCGUGAUGUGGUGAAUAUCUGCUUUUCGACCUUUUCGAAGGGCCACCAUCCUGUUUGGACGCAGCUUGAAACGCUCAGGUCAAAAGCGUGGGCGGCCAAUGGAUGGCCUGUGAAUGGUGAGGUAUUGGAAUCUGACGCCAGCUUGGCCGAUUACGACCCGCUUUUCGCGUCUUUCCUGUGGGAGGAGUUAGUGAUAUAAGUAGAACAAACAUGUGCAUACUUUGGGGGUUUCCAAUCCGUCCGUCGCUAUAUAUUAGGAACUUUUAAGAGGACAUGAAAGGAUU